AUGGUUUCACAGGCUUAUUCUACCAAAAAAAAAUGGGAUAUUAUUGGAGAAGUUGUUGUUGAUAUGACCCAAACCUGCUUUAGAACAGGGCAUAUUGCAAAAGUAUUCAAUCAUACCAAUAUUGCUCUUAUCCCUAAAGUCCCUUUAGAAGAGUUGGUUAAAACCCUUUAUGAACAAUACAUAUCCCAAAAUCAAAGUGCCUUCAUUCCAAAGAGGAGUAUUUCUGAUAAUAUUCUUCUAGCAAAUGAAGACAUAUAUUCUGUUAAUCAUAAUGACAAAGUUGAGGGCACUGCUACUAUCAAACUUGACAUGUCUAAAGCUUAUGAUAAAUUGGAGUGGUCUUUUCUUGAAAAAGUUUUGAGAAAAAUGGGUUUAGCUGAAAAUUGGAUAAAACUCAUAUAUCAAUGUGUCUCUACUGUCUCCUAUUCUGUUCUUUUAAAUGAUAGCCCUACAGAUAAUCUUCAAAGAAAUGGUACUCUGAGGGGUAUCAAAGUUUGUAAAAAUGCCCCUGCGACGACUCAUUUGCUUUUUGUUGAUGACUCUCUUCUGUUCACUUCUGCUACCACAAAAAACUUCACUGCUAUAAAAAACUACCUUCAAAAGUACUGCCUAACUUCUGGGAAAGAAAUUAAUUUUGAUAAGUCUGGUAUUUUAUUCAGUGGAACAAUUUCUGAACAUAGGAAGGCCUUUUUGGCUAACAUUCUGGAGAUUCAAAGCAUAUAG